GCUAGUAGUGGGUUUCAGUAGGCCUUUAAAUCAAGCAUUAUAGCAGAAACUCGAUAAAGAUUCGAUGUUGCCUUAUUGACACGAUGCAAAGGUCAAAUGAGUGUAACUUUAUUGUUGGAACUUUGGACCAUCAUUUCCACUGUAGCUGAACUGAAAGGAUAUUUCCUCCCUCACAUUUUGCCAGAGACUAAUAAGAGAAGCACCAUGUUCAGGAUUACUCUUUUGGUCUGCUUGAUAUUUGGCAUUGCAGCUAAACCACAUAAAUCCUGGAAUAAACCUGCUGAUAAAGCCUUCCAGGAGACAGUCAUGUCGGGAAAGAGGCCUUUAAGUGUGGAAGUGGAGCCCCCAGAGGACAUGGAUGAAACCGACAUUGACAUCGAUCCGAGCAUGAAGAUUUGGGAGGACAUAGUCGCCACUGGUAACAUAAAUAAGGUCAUGGUGGCUGAAGAAGACCGGGAUGACGUGCACCAUCCCUCUGACCUGCGGAACCUUCAGCAUGCCCAGGACAAUACCGACAAGGAAGAGCCUGAGCAGGACUCGGAUGUGAUGUACCACAAAGCCGUAGAAGAGCUGCAACGAUACAUGGCCCCGCUCAUAGGGGAAGAUAAAAACAGAGUCCGCUUUCCUCAACCUCUACCAGAGGAGAGCGAGGCGCCUGCACACGUCAGACGUCAGGUAGAACCAGAGCAGUACCGAGACGACAACAGAGCCGCUGUCGUUGAUUGGCCGUCUGAGAACAACAAGUACAACCAACCAGAGGAAGACCUGGAUCAUCUCUACCACCACUAAUCAUUUGGCAUUAUGUAAAUACAUGCCUGUUGAACAUUGAAUAAUAAACUCAUUAUGACA